AAUUACUCAAGAUGGAUAAGGAUAAGGAAGAAACUAAGGAAGAAACAAAGGAAGAGCAAGAAGAAGGUGAAGAUGAUGAAGAAAUAGUCCUAGUCAAGAACUUCGAAAAUCCAAUCAACAAAGUCAAGUAUAAUCAUUACAUGGUGUAUGGUACCGAGUUCAUUGUUGAGGAAAAAUAUAUUGUAAAAGAGCCAGCAGGAUCAGGAGCAUAUGGAACAGUCGUCAUUGCUGAUGACAACUCCAAGGAUAUCCAAGUAGCUAUCAAGAAGAUUGAGAGAGCCUUUGAGCAUAAGCUCUUCACGAAGAGGACUCUCAGGGAGCUCAAAAUCCUCAGACUGCUCAACCACGAAAAUGUUGUCAAGCUCAUUACCAUUCAAAAGCCAGAUGAUGCAAAGAAAUUUGAAGAAAUUUAUGCUGUAAUGGAAGUUAUGGAGACGGAUCUUGGAUCCAUUAUCAAGUCUUCCCAGGAUUUAUCCAUCCAACAUAUCCAGUUUUUCCUGUACCAAGUCUUGAGAGGAAUGAAAUACGUUCAUAGUGCCGGAAUUUUGCACAGAGAUCUGAAACCAAGAAACUUGCUAGUAAAUAGUAACUGUGAUCUCAAAAUAUGCGACUUCGGCCUAGCAAGAGCUGAUAUCCCCGAACUCUACGAAGCAGGAGCAAUGACCGAUUAUAUUUCUACAAGAUGGUAUAGAGCUCCAGAGUUGCUCCUAGGAAGUGAGGAUUACAACGAAUCUGUUGAUAUGUGGUCAAUUGGGUGCAUAUUUGCAGAAAUGUUACUUAGAAAACCACUACUACCCGGACAAGAUUCUGAAAAUCAAUUAGAACUUAUCGUCGGCCUCAUGGGCCUGCCAGAUAAAUAAAUUCAUUGCUAAUUAUAGUGGAGGAAGGCUCUCAGAAGUCUUCAAAAGCAUGUCCCUAGAAGGCAAAGAUAAGGGUGAAUUCAGCAAUGUUUUCAAAGGAGUUGAGGAAAGAGAAGCCCUCAGUCUUCUCAAGAAGAUGCUAAGAUAUGACCCAAAGAAAAGAUGAACAAUAGAGAAAGCUUUGAAGCAUCCUUUCUUAGCAGAUUUGCAUUACGCACCAGAUGAGCCUACUGCUAAUCCAGUUUCUCCAUUCGAUUUCGAUUUUGAAAAGUAUGAUCUGUCUAUCGAGGAGCAGAAAGAGUUGAUCUAUGAAGAAAUACUUCUGUACCAUUCCUCUAAAGCCCAGAAGAAGUAUAUUGCAAAUAGGAAUAAGUACCCAGAAGGAAUUCUCCACCUUAAAUAUGGUUCCUAAUAAUGUUCAAAAGUA